CACUUAUAACAAGGCGUGUAUUUGGAGUUCUGCAGUACACUGCGUCAUGUGGCUUCGAGCAUGUUAGCUUAAUUGACUUUAUUCUUGUUGCAAACACCAUCAAAACAAAACGCUCACGCUGAAAGAAAACUUACGGGCCACUUUUUUUAAAGACGAAAGCCUCCUUGCUAAACAGAUACUUAUGCACUGCUUACCAUUUUAACAGAAAAAAGUGCGCGGAGGAAUAAAAAAAAAGCAACACGUAUCCGGUGGGAUUCCAUAGAGAGAGUGUGAGUGAGCGAGAGGUAUAAACAAGUGUGGAGAGGAGAAACGGGAGUUACAGCGCGUGGAGGAAUUGUUAAUAAGAUUUGAUAUUUAAAAUCAACACGAAUUUCUGCACAGGAAUAAUGAGGAACGUUUGGAUAAUCUUUACGCUCGGUGUGGUGACAUUUCUAUCGGGUGAAAUGACACUGGCAGCUUCACAGGGUCAGAAUUCUCCUGAUGAAAAGGAUUUGUAUCUUGAGGAUGGGUCUGGGGAUUAUCCAGUAGAUGAUGAUGAUUUUAAUUCUGGGUCAGGCUCAGGUCUUGAAGUGGAACUCGAGGAGCCCAUCACUGUGAAAACGCAUAUGUUUCCAAAAGCACAACCAACCAGGGACUCGACUAAAGUAUUGACACAGAAAGUUGAGACAUCUACAGCCAAAGCCCGAAUGCUGCCUAAGAAUCCUGCCAGAACCGAGCCACCAGUUCUGGUCACGGAUACAGAUGUGAACAUAGAGGAUUUAACAAGCACAACUAGUAAGCCAAAGGUGUCUGGCAGUGGUGUGGACACAGAUGUGUCUGCAGAGAUCCAGUCAGAAAGCCUCUUCCAGAGAACAGAAGUAUUGGCAGCUGUAAUUGCUGGUGGAGUGAUUGGGUUCCUGUUUGCAAUCUUCCUGAUCUUGCUGCUGGUGUACCGCAUGAGGAAGAAGGAUGAAGGCAGCUAUGACCUUGGGGAACGCAAACCAUCCAGCGCUGCCUAUCAGAAGGCACCUACCAAGGAAUUUUACGCAUAAACAUUAUGGCGAGUCUCUGAUUUGAGGUCAAUGAACUUUUUUAAAAAACAGAAAUUAAUUUAAAAAAAAAGCUUUUGUUUAGAGCAAGGAAGACCAUUUUAUUCCCAUAAGAGAAGCCAACAAGGCAAUUUUAAUGGCAAAUCCCAGUGUAUUUAAAUAUUUCAUGUAUUCUUUAAAAGGCUGAAAAACAAAACAAACAACAACAAAAAACACUUAAUUUGUAACUGUGAGAAGCAGUGGAGGUGUCUAAUGAAGCCAUUGUUUUUAACAGACUAGUUUUUAAUAAAGCAGUAUAUGUAAAAAGAUGAUGGAAAUAACUGAAUAUAAUUGUUCUGUAUCUAGCCUAUAUUUUAAUUACAAGUCAUAGCAUGUGAAGUUGAUCUACAAGAUGUACUUCAUUAAUUUAUCUGUUUUUAAAAUGUUUAAAAUUGCCUUUCUGUAGUUUUCAUGGUGCAAUUUUGUCUUGAAAAUAAUAAGAUAGCAGUAAGUGUAAAUGUAUUUUUUCUUCUCUCUAGGGUACUUUGUAAACUGGCUUUUGCUUUAUAUUAAAUAGUCAGGAUUGGGAAUUUCUCAUACUACUUUGUUUCUUAAUGUAGUUUCAGAAAGAUUUUCAACAGCAGCAUCUUUGUACUAAACAAAUUUAUCUUAACUCUGCAACUGUGUAGUUUCUUUAUUUUGACAAUCUUCAGGAUAGAAUAUUUGAUCUAAGCUACUGACAGAAAAGCCUAAGCAAACCCAAAGACUUUAACAGUAUUCUGAAAGUUGCUGCAGAUUCCUUUGGCCACUUUUUUUUUUUUUUUUUUUUAACUAUCCCUCCUUUCCAUUAAAAGGUUUGUGAUUUACAGACUGAUCAUUUGGAAUCCAACUCCUUAAAAAAACAUAUAUAAAAUAAAUAUUUACAAAUGUUUUAAGCCUCCUGAAGUGCCUACCAUUCUGAAUUGUGCUUGUUCCGGACUGGAUAGAAAGAUUUAUGUAUUGCAGCGUGUGAGAUUUUUGCUUGCAAUUUAGAAGCACAGGCAAUUGUUAUGGUAACUUUUGUAGUCUUACAGAAGCAGACAGUAUUGUAUCUAUAAUUUGAAACGCACUACUGAAUAAACAUUGUGGCCUAAUACUGAAAUAACUUA